GAGUUUUGUGGGAGGUACUCGAACGUUUCCCUAAUUCAUUAAAAGCACCGGUGGAUAUUUUCACUGUCCUUUGAGCGACUUCGAUCUAUCGCAUAAGCAUUGUACCUCACGGCGGGAAACCGAUUUUUUGGCGAAAACCCUCCCUCCAAAAAUCGAUCCCCAUCCUCCAUCAGCGCUUUUAAAUCCCUAAUCCACCCUCCUUUUCCAGGCUUUGGUCCAUUCCAGUGUCUGCGACUGAGAGAGAGAGAGAGCAAAAGUAAGGCCAAGCACUCGUGCUUUUGCUCUCUCCUCCUCGCCUCCCUACCCCCAAAAAUCCAUGGCAUUGGCUCUCAAGCACCACGAAGACGACACCGCCAUCGAUGUCCACACGGCCGGCGGCACUCCCAUUAGGUAUCUCCCCCUCGACCACGUGUACUCCGCCACUUCACCCUGCUGCGUCAGCGUCAGCGUGAGUGCCAGCGGCUCCUCCAACGUGAUGUCGAAGAAGGUGAAAGCCCGCAAGCUCGUCGUCGAUGAUUUCGACAACGAUCCCAAUAGCAAACCAUCCCCUCUCCUCCAUAGACCCCCUCUCAUCCACGUCUACUCUCGCCGCCCCAAGAGAUUCCACCAUUCCUCCUUGUACGAUUCUUUAAUCUCUCGCGACGGGGAAACUUGUGAGUUUGAUGAGGGUGAGGACUCGAAGAUAGGGGGGAGAUUGUUGAACAAAAAGAAGAAGAAGAAGAGGAGAUUUGGGAGCAGUGAGCUGGUGAAGUUGGGCGUCGACUCCAGCGUCUUGCGCAACCUGGAUGGGCCGCGAUUGAGGGAUUCCCGAAUUCACAAUAACAUUAAUGGUAGUAAUAGUAAUUUGCGGAAAAGAAGGCGAAAUUCUUCGCAGAAUUGCGACAACGUUUUGCCCGAUUCACCUUCCACUAAGAGAUGGGUCAGGUUGAGUUUCGACAGCGUUGAUCCAAAAACAUUUAUUGGAUUACAAUGCAAGGUUUAUUGGCCAUUGGAUGCUGAUUGGUAUUCUGGUCGACUUGUGGGUUACAAUCCUGAGGCUAAUCGACAUCAUGUAGAAUAUGAAGAUGGCGAUAAAGAAGAGCUGAUUCUUUCAAACGAAAAAGUUAAAUUCUAUAUUUCUCAUGAAGAGAUGCAGCGUUUGAACUUGAGUUGCAGUGUUAAGAGUAUGGAUGGUGAUGUCUAUGAUUACAAUGAGAUGGUUGUGUUGGCUGCAAGUUUGGAUGAUUGCCAAGAGCUUGAGCCUGGGGAUAUCAUAUGGGCCAAGCUUACUGGUCAUGCUAUGUGGCCAGCAUUUGUUGUGGAUGAAUCACUCAUUGGCGAUCAUAAAGGUUUAAGCAAAAUUUCGAGAGGAAGAUCAGUUCCGGUGCAAUUUUUUGGUACACAUGAUUUUGCAAGGAUUAAAGUCAAACGAGUUAUCUCAUUUCUCAAGGGACUCCUUUCUUCUUUCCACCUGAAAUGCAAGAAACCUCGCUUCAUUCGAAGCUUGGAAGAAGCGAAAACGUAUUUGAGUGAACAAAAGCUUCCAAGAAGAAUGCUUCAGCUGCAAAAUGGAAUUACUACUGAUAAUGUAAGUGCAAGUGAAUCUGAUGGAGGGAGUACAGAUACAGGUGAAGAUUGCAUAGAUGAUGUAGGGAUUCAGGGAGCGCUAGAUGGCCUUGGAACUUCUCCCUAUGUAAUUGGGGAUUUGAAAAUUAUGAGCCUCGGAAAGAUCGUCAAGGACUCAGAGUAUUUCCAGGACGAGAGAUUCAUUUGGCCUGAAGGAUAUACUGCUGUGAGGCAGUUUACUUCAAUAACUGAUCCCAAUAUUCGCGCAUUAUAUAAGAUGGAAGUGUUGAGAAAUGCUGAAUCAAAGGUUCGGCCUCUAUUUAGAGUGACGCUAGAUGAUGGAGAGCAGUUUAAGGGAUCCACUCCAUCUGACUGCUGGGAUAAAAUAUACAAAAGGAUCAGAAAAAUACAAACGAGUAGCUCUGAUUGUUCAGGUGCUGAAGGUGGAGAAAGGAUUUAUAAAUCUGGUUCCGAUAUGUUUGGCUUCUCCAAUCCUGAAGUUGUGAAGCUUAUACAGGGGUUAUCUAAAUCUAGACUUCCUUCAAAAUUCUCUACGAGCAAGUUAGCCUCUAGAAGAUAUCAAGACCCGCCUGUUGGGUACAGACCUGUUCGUGUUGACUGGAAAGACCUUGACAAGUGCAGUGUUUGCCACAUGGAUGAGGAGUAUGAAAACAAUCUGUUCCUGCAAUGUGAUAAAUGCAGAAUGAUGGUCCAUGCUAGAUGCUAUGGAGAGUUAGAACCUGUUGAUGGAGUGCUAUGGUUAUGCAACUUAUGUCGACCAGGGGCUCCCAACCCUCCGCCACCUUGCUGCCUUUGUCCUGUUAUAGGGGGUGCAAUGAAGCCUACAACUGAUGGGCGUUGGGCUCAUCUGGCAUGUGCCAUAUGGAUACCUGAAACUUGCUUAUCUGAUGUCAAAAGAAUGGAGCCUAUUGAUGGGCUAAGUAGAAUCAAUAAGGACCGCUGGAAGCUUUUAUGUAGCAUCUGUGGUGUAUCUUAUGGAGCUUGCAUUCAAUGCUCAAACAAUACUUGUUAUGUAGCAUAUCAUCCACUUUGUGCACGCGCUGCUGGUUUGUGUGUUGAGCUUGAAGAUGAGGACAGAUUAUAUCUGCUUGCUGUAGAUGAUGAUGAAGAAGAUCAGUGCAUCCGUCUACUUUCCUUCUGCAAGAAGCAUAGGCAGCCCUCUAAUGAGCGUUCAGCUGCUGAUGAACGUCUUGGGCGAGUUUCUCGUCAGUGUUCGGACUAUACACCACCAUCUAAUCCAUCUGGCUGUGCUCGCAGUGAACCUUACAAUUACUUUGGUAGAAGAGGACGGAAAGAGCCUGAAGCCCUUGCUGCUGCUUCCUUGAAGCGCUUGUUUGUACAGAACCAGCCUUACUUAGUCGGUGGUUACAGCCAACAUACAUUUUCAGGCAACUUGAUGCCUUCAUAUGGAGUCAUUGGCUCGAAGUUCUCUUCUACCCUUCAGAGGCUGAAAAGCUCUCAGCUUGAUGCUCCUAACAAUAUACUUUCUAUGGCUGAGAAAUAUAGAUACAUGAGGGAGACAUUCCGAAAGAGACUAGCAUUUGGGAAAUCUGGAAUCCAUGGAUUUGGCAUCUUCGCAAAGCAUCCACAUAGAGCGGGAGACAUGGUGAUUGAGUACACCGGUGAACUUGUUAGACCUCCUAUAGCUGACAGGAGAGAGCGCUUUAUAUACAAUUCAUUAGUGGGUGCUGGCACUUAUAUGUUUCGGAUUGAUGAUGAACGAGUCAUUGAUGCUACAAGGGCUGGAAGCAUUGCUCAUCUGAUUAACCACUCUUGUGAACCAAAUUGCUAUUCAAGAGUUAUAAGUGUCAACGGUGACGAGCAUAUAAUUAUAUUUGCAAAGAGAGACAUUAAGAGAUGGGAGGAACUCACAUAUGAUUAUAGAUUUUUUUCAAUUGAUGAACAGCUAGCAUGUUAUUGUGGCUUCCCAAGAUGCCGAGGUGUAGUUAAUGACAUUGAAUCAGAAGAGCGAGCAGCAAAGCUAUAUGCACCCCGCAGUGAAUUAAUAGAUUGGAGAGGAGAAUGAGACAGCUGGUGCUGAGUUAUUGCAGUAGCUUGUUGCUGUUCAGAAUCACUUUGUUACGUUGUUUGUAUGUUGCUCUCGGGUUGGAGGGUUAGAUUCGCAAUUGCUCCGGCUUCCAUUGCCUCUUCAGACUGCAAUCAGAGACAUUCAUGGUAAUAUUACAUAAUUCUGCUCCAGAAAGCUGCCUUGACUGCUUUCAGAAGCCCCCCAGAAUACUUUGAAUCAUUGAGAAGAGUAGGAGAAAACAAGUUUGAUCAUUUGUCUACUUUUGUCAAUUUGUUAUGAUUCAUGGUAAUGAUAUCUCUGUUGUGCUCAGGAUUGUGAAUUGAAAAGAGACAACCACAUUGUCAAGUUCCUUGCUGGGGUUGGUUUUAAGAUUCAGAUUAAGCCUCAGCGUUCAUUCUUUUUAUUUGCAGAGAUUCCUGAAAGCUGCAUAUUCAUUUUAUUACUACCUAAGAUCUUUUGAUACUGUUUUAUUUGUAACGCCCAAUUUUUUGCACUCAAUCUAUGACACGUACAUAGUUAUUCUAUGCAGUUCACUACUCUUUUGAGUGCUUGGAAUAAGCAGGGGUUGUAGCACACCAAAAGAAAACUAUUUUGUUAGCUCCUUUGAACUUUGUUCUGUCCUUUGAUGAUCAUAUGAAUAAUCUGUUGAAUGUGAA